CUUGUGCGCCAUUGAUGCGAAACUUUCUUCGGGGCGUUGGAGGCAGAAAAAAAGUGGCCAAAAAGGCACUUUCCGUGACAAUAUCAAAUCAAAAGUGCCCGUAAAAUCCUUAGAGUGUGUCGUGGGUGUGAUUGUUGGUGUUGUUUUGGUAGUGAAGCUGCCCAAGAGCCGUGUUUGCAGUGUCCAAUUGGAGUAUCGGCCCAUUGACAAGUGUGUGUGGUGUGUUUUUCGUGGAAUUCCAUUUGGCAGCCUUUCUCUGAAACACUUCCAAGAAAGUUCAUCAAUCCUCCGCCCCAGCAACGUGACCCAUGGGCUCAUCCACCUGACAACAGUGCAUAAACAGAUCCGCAGAGACAGUAAAGUGUCGAAAUCUGUGCGAUAAGUGAACAUUCUUGAUUGCUGUGCUGUUUUCAUUCAUGAAUCCGUAAUCACUUGUUUAUGUUUCUGGCGUCUGAUAAGUGAUACGGAACGACACAGCAGACCAACAGGGUGUGAAGCACAAAUCUUCAUUCGAAAAGUAUACAUAUUCCUGAUAUAAUUGUUCAUCAGGAUCAUCCAAUUUCCGGACGAUAAUGAGAUCGUAAGUGCGGCCGCGAGGGUGAAAAUCUCAUGGGGCAACUCUUCAGUGUCCCGGGCAAGCGGAAUACAGACGUCGAGAGUGAGCAGCAACGGAAGAAGGGUGGGAAUCUGGUGAUUUGGGUGCGCAUGAGGAGGAUGGAGUCGGAGAAGAAGCCCCAGAAGAAGUGCACGUGUCCGUACGAGCGGCCAACGCUGAAGCCCGAAGAGCCAAAGCUGGACGACACCGUGGCGAGCUUUAAUAAUAACAGCACAUCGAUCUGUGAUACGGCGAGGGAGGAUGGACAGCACAGGACUGUGAUAAGUGUCAUCAACAACAACAACACAACGGUGUCCAACAUCACUGAUAAUGAGGCCAGUAUCGUGAAUCGACUCACGGGACUCAGUAUCGCCAAUGGAGCAACGCCGAAGGAGUCCAAGGGCCAGACAGAAGAUUCGAGAGAAUCUUCGCAGUGCGUUAAGAAGUUGCUGUCGACGAGUGGACUGAAGCACAAGCUGUGCAAACUGUGCCGAUCGCAUAGUUGUUGCUCUAGCAUGUGCAAGGAUGGCGGCAAGGAGAAGCCGAAGAAGCAGAACUGGAGUCUCAAGUUCAACUGUGCCAAAAUGAAGAGUUCCAAAACAUCACCGACCGUGGCGACAGAGGAAAAGCUGUUGCAGGUUAAUGUUUGCACCUGUCGGAAGGCGAAGGAAAGCGCGCCCAGGCCAGUUUCGUCCCCGCCGCUGGUCGGUCAGGAGAUUGAUGAAGUUCCGGCCGAAGUGGCUCGUCCGUCCUCAUCGCCGGCCAGUGCGGCGGCACCCCAGAACGCCUCCAAUGUCAUCCUGUCCACGCAACACGUGCAGGUGUUUCCUGGACAGUCGGCGGCUGGCGCAGGAGCGCUGCUGUUGCCUGACGCAAGUUUCCAGACGCCCACAACUACCACCACGUCCACAUUGCUGCGAUCCAACGGCCAGCUGAUCCACAGGAUUGAGACCACGGCCGUGUACAGCAGCCUCCCGAGCACGCCCGGACCGGCAAAUGUUCUGCUGUUCAUGAAUCACGAGCCGCAACUCCUUGACUUCUCCAGGUUCAAUCCGGAUGACUAUCCCACUGAGGAUUGCGACGAGCAGGCACGUCUGCAGCGCGAGAGGGAGAUCGAGGAAGGCGUCGAGGCGCCGCCAGGCUUCCGUCCGCGCCCUUCUGAGGCCACGCCGACUAUCGUGACGCCGCCCGUGUCGAGUCCACCCACGGCGCCGCUGGUGCACUGGCCGGCGCUGGGCUCCGCCACCAUCCAGAGCCUGAUGCAGGCCAACCGAGGCGCCACGGCGGCCGCCACGCCCAGUUUGUACACGCUGGAUGACAUCCAGCACCAUCAGCUGGCACUGAUGCAGCCAGCGCCGCAGCGCGUGCACUCGCAAGUAGACUACAUCCACUGUCUGGUGCCGGAUCUGCAAAAGAUCAUCGCCAGGAGCUUCUACUGGUGCAAAAUGGAUCGCUAUCAGGCGGAAAAGUUACUCGAGGGAAAGCCGGAGGGGACUUUUCUGCUGCGCGACUCCGCCCAGGAGGACUUCCUCUUCUCCGUGUCGUUCAGGAAGUACGGCCGGAGUCUCCAUGCGCGCAUCGAGCAGUUCAACCACACAUUCAGCUUCGACAGUCACGAUCCGAGCGUGUUCACAGCCACGACGGUCACGGGACUGCUUGAGCACUACAAGGAUCCCAUGUGCGUGAUGUUCUUUGAGCCGAUGCUGACGCUGCCGCUGAAUAGGAACUUCUGCUUCAGUCUGCAGCAAUUGUGCAGGGCCACAAUUGUGAGCCGCGUUACGUACGAUGGUAUCAACGAGCUGAAUCUGCCCAGCAGCAUCAAGGCGUACCUCAAGGAGUAUCACUACAAACAGAAGGUGCGCGUGAGGCGCUUCGAUGAGUAUCCGUAUGAGAACGAGGCUUCCUAGGGGCGCGUCCCGCUGCGGCGGCGCGUCCGGGAGCUAUUCAACGGCAAGUGGAAGUGAAAGAGAGAUGGAGCUAGAGAGGGGAUGAGAGAGAGAGUGGGUGGGUAAUUCAUGAACAAUGUCACUUCUGAUCAAGGAAACUGAGUAUUAAAGCGAUCGUGAGGGAGUUUUAAGAUGAAGAAUGCCCGGCGAAUAGCCACGAAUUGUAUCACAAAUUAAAUAUAUUAAAAAUGUGGAAAUUAGAUAAUUAGGCAAAGUAGUGUAUAUUUCAAGAGAUAAUUUUAACAAGAAUUUAGCUAAAAAAAAAAAGUAUAAAUGUUACUAUUUUUAUCACUAGAAUGGUUAGAAGAGCGCCCCAAAUGUGUGCACGAGCGACUGUAGAUAUCCCUUUACUUCUGUUUACUCAAUAGAAUCCAGUAGUUUGUAGCAAAAGUAGACAAGGUAAAAAAAACACGUAUUUAACGAUCAUAUAAAAAUCUUUUAAGAAUGGCGUUUAACUGAAGGAAAAUCAACAAAAACUAUCACAAAUAUUUAAAACAUAGAUAAAAAGUAGAGAUUUUUUUGUGUAAAAUAGGAAAUAUUUAAAUGAGAAUGAACCCAAUAAAAUGUUAAACAAUCAAUCUGA